CACUGACAGUCAUUAGCCCCUGACUUGUACCUAAAAUGUAGCAGACUGCACUCGGCGAAUGUUUUUAGAGUGAAUAAACAAGUAAAUGGUGACCAUUAAAAUGUAAUAGCUGCAUUAAAUGGGGCUGAGUCUGUGCGCUGGGGACCUGGAGCAGAGAACAGGGAGCGCCUGCCUCUCAUCUUGCUGAAAAGCUCUGCCUGUUAAGUGCAGGCGCGUCAGCCAGUCACUGAUGGCGUGAUGCGCCUUCGCUGUUGCUCUGCGUCUGUGGGAAGUCAGCACUGUAGCUUUUAAUGAAGCCUCUCAGCCCAGACCCCUAGGGGCUAAAGAUCACACCGUAAUUUUGUCCUCAUGUAUAUUAGAGCUUUGUGAGCUUUCAGUAAAUAUUACACUGCAGCGGGACCUCCCUUCUGCCUCGCAGUCUUGAGCAGAGGCAGGAAGGUAGUUUUGCUCAGCCUUAAUCCUGACUGCUCCUUGGAAACCCCAGGAAAGCUCUGUGCAGUUAGGGUGACCGUAUCUUCCUCCAGACGCAGAGGAGAAUGGAGGGGGAUGAGGAGGACCUCUUCAGGGUCUAUGGGCCUGAAAACUAAGAAUAGUUCACAGUCUACUGCCAGCCAGCAGAAUGGCUGAGUAGGAAAACAGACUCCAAGAACACUGUAGUGAGGCGCUGGACUCGUAAAGCAACAGCCAGUCCGAGGAGAACAACUGGACCACUUGGGGCGUGGAUUUCCUCAAAGAUCCGCAGAGGCGCCAUGGGGGUGUUGAUGUCCAAACGGCAGACCGUGGAGCAGGUGCAGAAGGUGAGUCUGGCUGUGUCUGCCUUCAAGGAUGGGCUGCGGGACAGGCCUUCCAUCCGCCGCACAGGUGAGCUGCCAGGGUCCCGCCGUGGCACCGUAGAGGGCUCCGUCCAGGAGGUGCAAGAGGAGAAAGACCCGGAGGCAGGCACCGCAGUGGUCCAGGAAGACAGCAGCCUGCACCGAGCGGCCUGGGAACGGCUCCGAGAUGGGCGUGGAAUAGAGCCUGAGGAGUUCGACAAAACCAGUCGGUUCACACCCCCUGCCUUCGUCCGCCCCACCCGCAAGCUGGAUGACGACAAGCCUCCAGACAUCUGCUUGGAGCCCAGAGAGCCUGUCAUCAACGAUGAGAUGUGCGACAUCUGUGAGGUCUGGACGGCGGAGAGCCUCUUCCCGUGCAGGGUCUGCACCAGGGUUUUCCACGACGGCUGCCUGCGCCGCAUGGGCUACAUCCAAGGAGACAGUUCAGCGGAAGUGACCGAGAUGGCCCACACGGAAACAGGCUGGAGCUGCCACUACUGUGACAACCUCAACUUGCUGCUCACUGAGGAGGAAAUGUACAGUCUCACAGAGACCUUUCAGCGGUGUAAAGUCAUCCCUGAUUGCUCCCUGACCCUGGAGGACUUCGUGCGCUACCGCCACCAGGCAGCCAAGCGGGGGGACAGUAACAGAGCCUUGAGUGACGCGCAGGAGGAGCAGGCAGCUCGCCAGUUUGCAGCCCUAGACCCUGAGCACUGCGGCCACGUGGAGUGGCCUGACUUCUUGUCCCACGAGUCCCUCCUACUUCUGCAGCAGUUACGUCCGCAGAACUCGCUGCUGAGGCUUUUGACAGUCAAGGAGCGGGAACGAGCCCGAGCCGCCUUCCUGGCGCGGGGCAGCGGGAGCGCCAUCAGUGAAACAGAGUGUCGGCGUGCCCAGCACUCCUGGUUCUGCAGACGCCUCUCGGAGGCUCCUUCCUGCAGCGUCAGCAUCAGCCACGUGGGUCCGAUGGCGGACAGCAGCCCAGCCAGCAGCAGCAGCAAGAGUCAGGACAAGGCCCUGCUGCCUGCAGAGCAGGAGGCCAGGUCUGUGGACUGGCCCACCUUCCUGCGGGAGAACGCCAUCUACAUCCUGGCUGCCCGCCCCAACAGUGCGGCCAUCCACCUGAAGCCCCCAGGGUAGAGUGGCGCGGAGAGUCUUGGCUCAAGGACAGUGGCCUCCUCCCCCUCCUUUCCUUUCUGCCUUUCCUCCACCAACCUCUGAUGCUGAGACUCAUGGGGAUGGGGCACUGCCAGGACCUUAAUCUGUCAUUAAGCAUCAUGGCACUGAAGUCACCAUUCCCCCGCAGCAGGGGCAGUGGGUGCACUGCCUCAGGGAGAAGCCCUGAGAGCUGUGGCAGCACCGCUGCUGGACCGGCCCCGCGCACGUCAGAGACGGACCUGCCACCACACGUGCACACGCGCACGUGCGCACACACGCCUCGCUGUCCAUGCCUUUAGAAGCCUGGUUCUUGCUAGUCGAAAAGGUCCCUUUGUGGGGAGAAAAAAAAAAAAAACAGGCAGAGAUAAGAUGGUCUCUACUCAACUCUUCUCUUGCCCAGUUCUGACUUCCAGUAGACAAGACUCUCAUGAUUGAUUCUUAAGGAGGUUCGCUGAGAGGCCCCUCUGCCCACGCUGAAAGCCUCUUCAGCGGGGAGCUGCUGUCACAGUGGGUGUCUGCUGUGUGCCUCAGGUGUGUGGGGUGGGAAAAUAGUGGAAAUCACCACUGCACCGUUAUUUAUUCCUCACCCUUUAUUUAUUUAAAUUUUAAUUCCCUACCACAGAGAAAGAAGCUAGCUUACGAAAUGUUGACCAGCAAGGGGGUAGGCAGCCUGUUCCAGACACCCAGAAUUCUAGGAACCUCUCAGCCACGUCAGCCAAACCCACAAGUCUUCAGUGCAGUAGUCAGAAACCAGGAUGAACCUUCCUGGUGCCUGUUUUCAGAUGAUAGCUCGUGGCCCAAAGCCCGAAGAACCUGAAUGGAACAAAUAUGUUGGCAGGAGUCCCGGCCCUCUGUGCUGGACUCCAGCCAAGUCAGCCACCGCAGAGACCAAUGGACAAGCUCUGCAGGGACGAGGAGAGGCGAGGACUUGUUUUUUCAUGUUCCAGGUCAACCAUAGACCUGGAAAAGUGUGCCGUUGUGUGGAGAACGGAUCCAGCUUCCGCAGCUCAAGACAGAGCAGCUCUGUGAAGCCCUGACAAGGGAUUGCUUUCACCAUAGUGACAGUAAGCACAGGAAACAGCUGGGCUUGUAAAGAGGACCUGCAUCUCAGCUCUCUCAAGCACAGGAGGUCCCAGGAAAGCCUCGUGGAAGAGCGUGCCCUUCCCUCAUCACUCCGUGGCCUCAACUGCUGCUGCUCCUCACUGUUCACUGCAUGUCCGUCCUCUCUGUGCUGGGGCCUGGACCUGACAUGGGAGGGCUUUGGGGGCAAGCAAGGCACUGGCAGUGCCAAGCUCGGCCCGCAGGCACCCCCUUCCCAAGUUUUCCUCAAGUUCUCAAAUCAGUAUACCAGGGGUCCAGGCUCUGCAUUUCUGUUCCCAGCUGCAUGACUUAGGUACAAGCAGACAGGACUACCCAGAGUUAUUCAAGAGGGAACUGAGCGUAGUCACACAGAAGCUCAUAUAUCUCCAUCAUGCGAGGCCCUUGAACUUACUGAGGGGAGCACCACGCAGAGAAGCGUGAGGAGCUACAACUAGCGGCUUGGCAAGAGCCUGUAUAGUCUCUUUCUGUGAGAAUGGCGUGCAGCGGGAUGAUCAGCUGCUCGGGUAGGUUAUUUAGAACUGAAGUGAAAUGGGAGGCAAAUGUGGGUUCAUAUGUACGGUCCCAAACAUUUCAAAACCCACAGCUUCUCCUUCACCGUAUUCCCAGGACCAAUCCGUAAGAGGGUCCAUGAUUCAGUCUAGUUUGUUUUUUAUUUUCCUUAAAAAAAAAAAAAAGAAGGGAAAAAGGAAAGAAAGCACACUCUUGAGCCUAAGGACUGCAUCUGAAGUAGCCAGGCCUGAGACUUCACACAGAGAAGAUUAAAACACAUUAAACAAGGCUUCUUGCUUACUAUCCUGCCGUCACCUGUAGCUGUGGGCUGCGGGAUGUCAAAGAUGGGAGAUUUUGAGUAGACACAAGGUCUGAAUUGUGAGCUGCGUAGCUUUUUUUUCUCCUGCUUCGUCAGUCACAGGGACUAGAAGGCCGUCUUCUUGAUCCUUAAUGUUUCACAGAUCAAGGCAAUGCCUACCGCUCUGGAACUGUGGCUUCUAGCUGCCUGCGGGUGAGUGGUGAGAGGCCAUCGGCCAGAUCGGGCUGGCUGUGUCCUAGGGUCUGCAGAGCAGGCCAAGAGAACUUCUACAAUGGGAGCAGGCCCAUUUAGUAUCGCUCUUCUCCCGAUCUCAGGGCAGCAAGCUUCCUUGGAGGGAGUUCUGCUAAUGAGGGCCCAGGGGAUACUGUCCCCAGCAACUAAUGGAGGUCCUGGUCCACAGCAGUCCUAGGAAGCAGAAAAGCACCCAGGAACAGCCAGCAUCUUCUAGUAAGCAUCUAGCUUCUUACCAGAGGGAGGAUCCCCUGCCCCCCAGUCCAGAGUUGCAGAGCCCCUAACCCAAACACUGCAGUGUCCUAAUCCCUGGACUAUCCUACAGUAAGGAUGGAGAUACCCACACUUUCAUCGACCCAGUGAGGCCAUUCCCUUUUCACGCCUUUCCGUCACUAUGACAGAAAUUCUGCCAGACAAAAAUUAACAUCUGCCUCUUAAUAGAGGUAUGAAAAUAUUUCAGUGUUUUUCACUCUUAGCUACCAAAAAGUGAGAUUAGUGCUUUUCCUAUUCCAAACCCCAACCAUGGGAGGCUUGGGUUAUGUGGAGCUCCUCUGAAGCCCACUCACCCUAAGCCUGUUUUCUCCUUGCAGUCCUCAGGGAGAGGAUUUAAAUGAAGGGGCAUCUGAAUGACAGUGUGGGGCUGCAGGGACAGACUGUCACUGAAGGAGUGGCUGUGGCCACAUAAUCUCUCCAGGUCUGCGCCUUGGCUUCCUUUCCUGAGGCAGCUCUUCCUAGUGGAACAUUUGAGCAGUGAGCCCUGUGGUAGCCCAAGGAGCGGCUUCCUCACUCCUGGGUACUGAUUGAGUUCUCAAGUGCCCUUCCCUUGAGGAGAGCUGCAGCAGAAACCACAAAUAUGUUGCCUCUUCCUACAACCCAGGCAACGGACUGGCAGGGCAGACACCCACCUUUCUGGCCCUGGUGCAUCCUAUGGAACGUCACCCUUGCCUUGCCGAAGUGGCCAGGGCCUGAGGUUCCCCCAUCUCUAUCACCAGUAUGGAGAGCACAUAGACUGCCUGAGAAGAGGGCACCUUGCCAGGCAGUGUGCCCAGGGUUGUGCCCGUGCCUCUUAGUCCAAAGCACAACUUCAACCAUUGCAAGCAUCAAGGAUUCGGUAAGAACGGUGCCAGGAAGUCCUAAAGCUAAAAAGGAGGCUCGACAGAACUAGGCCAGUGACGACACCCCAGAGCCAAAAGUAACCUCUAGGCAGGACAGAACUGGCAGCGGGCUCUAGUGUUUGUGCAAGCAUGUCCCCUUCCAACCUGCAGAGUGAAGGCAGGUGCACAGUGUGAAGUCAGGCAUUGCUUAACGGUGAGCAUACAUUCUGUGAACUGUGUCUAAGUGACCUGUGACGUGAACCCCGUAACAUGUACUUACACAAAACAUGAUCAGUCAUAUAA